CAAAAAUGAAUAACAAAAAUUUAACCACUAAUUAAACACAAAUGAUUUGGGCUCCCAUUCCUCCAUAAUAAUAUUAUGAACAUUGGAAAUUUGGCAAUCUGACACAAACAGAAAUUUGUGCAGAAUCUUUACGGGUACAAGAGUACACGAGUACGAAUGAGACCCAAUCACAAUCAACAUUCGCCAAUCCAAUUUUCUCCUUGUCUCUUCUUCUUCUUCCCCAAACAAUAAACGUUAUAGGGUUUCAUUAUCAUCAUAUCUUUCUUGAUUUGUACAACAAAAAUGGCAGUGGAGGUGAAGGUGUAUUGCAGAAAGAAAAAGACCCCAAAACCCAAACAAAUUGAUCAUAUUCCCAAGUGUUUUCAGCUUCCUAGAAGCGCUUCUGCUUCUAAACCUCGUACUGUGUUCUAUCUUCCAAUUUGCUCAUUCAAAGAAAUAGAGCUGGACCCACACAACAGCAAAGAGAUCCAAUCAAGUGUCAUUGUGGGGUGCUCAAAUACAUCAACCGACACCACUAGGGGUACCACUGACCCGUUUUCUACCAGAUCCAAUGGGCCUCAAGAUAGAAGACGAAAAACACUGACAAACGGCAUUCACCUACCACUCACAGAUGCUAAACUGUUUAAAAAAAGAGCAAACUUUCAAUCUUGCAGUAACAGAAAGAACGAAAAUAGAGAUGAUGCAUUGGAGCACACUCCUAGUAGAUCCCAACUGUUGGAAAGCAGGGAUGCAUGCACAACUCCUGGAAGUGUUGUCUGGGCUAAAACCGAUGGGGAAUUUUGGUGGCCUGCAGAAAUUUUGGGAGAGGGUUCAAAUUCGGCCCCAUCCAUUUUAGUGCGGCACUUUGGUAAGCAAGGAAGCGUUCGGGUUGAUCCUGCUGUAGACCUUUCACCAUUUGAGGAAUGUUUUGAAGAAAGGAGGUGUAACCCGGCUAACGAGUUUCAAAAUGCUUUGAAACAAGCAUUGGACUACAAGGAACAACAGAAGCCAUGUAAGGAUUUGUCUGGUUCUCCCGAAGGAGAAAAGGAUAACUCAUCAAGUUCAAGUCGAGCAAGGAGCAAACGCGAAAGAAAACCGAAAGUUCAUUUUGAUGAGGUGAGCCGCCCGUUGCAUACAUCAAGAAAAGUCCGUAGGUUCAAAAUAAUGCGUUCUCUUGGACUUGCUGCACCUGUCGGAUCUCCUUUUAACUCCUCGUAUACGAGUUAGAAGACAUCAAUCCUUUUUUUGAAGCAUUUUUAGUGUCCAAUUUCUGUUAAUUGUUGAGCUGAGAAUAGGAAUAAAAGCUUCUUAUCUGACUUAACAUGAUCAAAACUACAAAAGUAUACAGGAUAUGGAGUAUGUAAAGUUCUACAUAAUAUAUGUUACACAUUUAAGAAUCUGUGUUGAAUA